AUGCCGGCGGCCUGCGCGGCUAGGGUUUUCCAAUUCACGAGGGAAUUGGGGCACAAAUCGGACGGGGAGACAAUCGAGUGGCUGCUGCAGCAGGCGGAGCCAGCGAUUAUCGCGGCGACGGGUUCGGGUACAAUCCCGACCAAUUUCUCCACGCUGAAUGUCUCGCUGAGGAGCGGCGGCGGAUCUAGCCUCUCGGCGCCUCCGUCGAAAUCGGCGCUGCCGCACUCGUUUCACGGAGCGCUUGCUCUGGCGGCCGCGCAGCAGCAGCAUUACGAGGAAGGGUUUGCCGCCGCGCACCCGACGCUUCUAGGGUUCCACCACCAGCACCAACACCAGCAUAUGUUGUCGGCGGAUCAAAUUGGGGAAGCUCUGCCCAGCGCCAGCGGCGGAGAAAGCGGAGGAAGGGCGGAUUCGGGGGAGAAUUACAGGAAGAGGUUUAGGGAGGAUUUGUUCAAGGAUGAGAAUCAUCAGCAGCAAGAAGGCGGAGAGAGUAGCGGCGGCGGCGCAGAGGGAGGAGACGGCAGGGGAUCUCCGAAUAAAAUCCCCAAACAACAGCAGGAAGCAGGGCCAGCGUCAUCGCCGUCAGCCUCUUCUCCGCUACUCCGUCCAUCCAACAGCAGGAAACAAGAGAUAGGGUUUGUUUGGGUUUGA